AUGAAGCCCCGGCGGACGCUGAAGGGUCAUCUGGCCAAGAUUUACGCUAUGCACUGGUCGACCGACCGUCGCCAUCUCGUCUCCGCCUCGCAAGACGGCAAACUCAUCAUCUGGGACGCCUACACCACAAACAAAGUUCACGCCAUCCCAUUGAGGUCCUCGUGGGUCAUGACGUGCGCAUACGCUCCCAGUGGAAACUACGUCGCCUGUGGUGGUCUGGACAACAUCUGUUCCAUCUACAAUCUUUCCUCCCGCGAAGGCCCCACCCGCGUUGCGCGCGAACUGUCCGGACACUCUGGUUACCUCUCGUGCUGCCGCUUUAUCAAUGAUCGCCGCAUCCUCACCUCGUCCGGAGAUAUGACGUGCAUGCUGUGGGAUAUCGAGUCUGGUUCCAAGGUGACCGAGUUCGCGGAUCACCUCGGCGAUGUCAUGUCGAUCAGCAUCAACCCGACCAACCAGAACGUCUUCGUCUCCGGUGCCUGCGACGCCCUUCGCCAAGCUCUGGGAUAUCCGUACCGGAAAGGGCCGUGCAGACUUUUGCUGGACACGAGUCAGAUAUCAACGCCAUCCAGUUCUUCCCCGAUGGAAACGCCUUUGGGAACCGGUUCCGACGAUACGACGUGCCGUCUGUUUGAUAUCCGAGCGGAUCGGGAGCUGAACAUUUACCAGAGCGAUCAAAUUCUCUGCGGUAUCACAUCGGUCGCCUUUUCGGUUUCCGGAAGACUGCUUUUUGCGGGUUACGAUGACUUUGAGUGCAAGGUAAGCGACGGCCAUUUGCAUAACCUCUUCAGAUAUCUGGACAGCCGAUUGACAACUCGACAGGUGUGGGAUGUGCUCCGAGGUGACAAGGUGGGCUCCCUGAGCGGUCACGAGAACCGCGUAAGCUGCCUGGGUGUCAGCAACGAUGGCAUCAGCUUGUGCACCGGAUCUUGGGAUUCUCUGCUCAAGGUCUGGGCUUGGUAA